AGGAGUACAAUUUUUAACUAGAGUCCAAUCACGAUUAUGGAGCAAUUGUAAAGCCAAAAAAGAAUAUGGUGUGGCUCAUUACUAUCCGCAAGCUUAAAGGUACAACUCUAAACGCCAACAAAGUGUAGUACCUUUGACCAUUUUCCAUCAAACUCCACCGUUCCGCCAUGGCUUCAACUUCCAGCGCCGCCGUCACUCUUCCCCGAUUCCGAUCCUCAUCUUUCCACUCACAUCUCCACCCGCCGCGCUUCGUAAAUUUCUCCUCACAUUUUCAGAAGAAUUAUCUCCGACGUCACAAGAUUUACUGCGCAAACAAUUCCGAUCCCGCACCAACGGAGGAGAAGCCCGAAUCAGGAAUUGAUGCUGCCGCGACCGAGACGUCGUCGUCGUCGGCUGGUGCUGGAUUGCCAGAGUAUCCUACUAAGGAUCUCAACCGGCGAGUUGCGGUGGCUUCUGUGCUUGCAGCAGUUGGAUUGUUCGUGUCUGGGCGGUUGGAUUUUGGCGGCACAUCGUUGAAGGAUCUCUCCGCCGAAGCAUUGCCUUAUGAGAAGGCUCUUUCAAAUGGCAAACCCACUGUUGUUGAGUUCUAUGCAGAUUGGUGUGAAGUAUGUAAGGAAUUAGCGCCAGAUGUCUACAAAGUGAAACAGCAGUUUAAGGACAAAGUAAAUUUUGUUAUGUUGAACGUCGAUAAUACAAAGUGGGAACAAGAGCUUGAUGAAUUUGGUGUUGAGGGUAUUCCCCAUUUUGCAUUUCUAGACAAAGAUGGUAAUGAGGAAGGGAAUGUGGUAGGCCGCCUCCCAAGAAAGUACCUGCUUGAGAAUGUUGAUGCCCUGGCUCGCGGGGAAGCAAGCGUGCCUCAUGCUCGUGUUGUAGGACAGUAUUCAAGUACUGAAGCAAGAAAAGUUCAUCAAGUUGUUGAUCCUAGAAGUCAUGGAUAGGGAAUUUAGGAAUGGUUAGGCCAAAUUGUUGGUUGAAUAUGCCGCGGGGAAGAUAUAUUUUACAGUGGAAAUGUCUCCAUGGUUACCAGGGUGCACCCGAACCCAGAUAGUUUCUACAUAACUUCACAAAAGCUGAUGGUUUCAUCACAAAAUACACAUCUUAUUUUAUUCAGAAUCCAAUAUGCAUUUAUUAGCUA